AGCGGGUAGAAUAACUGAUAGAGUACAAUGGACCAUCAUGAUGGCAACUGCAUAGCCGUUCGAUCUUUAAAGCUUUAACAAAUACAGUACAUAACUCUUUUUUUGCCGCUCAAACUCUUUCUUACUUCAUUCACUGGUGGCGGCUUCAGCUGAGGGCUUCUCUGAACUUUGCUCUAUUCGAAGCAUCUCCGAAGCAAUCGCGACUUCUUCUAGAACCUACCGUGUUGUGCCAUGGAUAGUGAUGAGGAGUGCUCACUUGUUCUUGAGUUAUCUGAAAAUGAUCCUUUCUUUGAUGAAAAGAAGAAAUUACUACGAUGUAAGGGGUUUGGUCCCAAGGAACGGAUACAUCUCAAGUGCUCCUCAGCACCUUCUUGGAUGAAUGAUACCGUAAAGAUCUUACUUCAGAUUGCAAAAAUCAUACAGUUAAAUGAGCUGGAACUCUAUUUUGCUGAAGACGAUGCCUCGGUGGAGUUUUACAGCUCCAGGAAUGAGUUGGAGGCUCUCAAUUCAAUUGUUUCGCUCACCGACAAAUCACUUUCUAGUUGUCCACAUUUCCAUACAAACGUCCUGCAAGGGUUACAACAAAAGAUUCUUGAUUUAAUUUCUGAUUUUGGGGACCAAAGCAAUAUGAAGGGAGUACUUGAAAAGCACCACAGUUGUGAGAGAGAAGAACACCUGAUCGAGUGGGGUAAAAGCCAUGGCGUAAAGACAGGAUUAAAGAUAGCUUAUGUUGAAGGAGCAGGUCGUGGAAUGAUAGCAGGGAAAGAUCUAAAAGUUGGAGAUAUUGCUAUAGAGAUUCCCGUGUCCCUUAUCAUUUCCGAGGAGCUUGUGCUUGAAACUGAUAUGUAUCGUCUCUUGAAAGAGGUUGAUGGCAUAUCAUCUGAGACAAUAUUGUUGUUGUGGAGUAUGAAAGAGAAGUACAACUGUGAUUCAAAAUUCAAAAUUUACUUUGACACACUUCCAGAAAAAUUUAAUACAGGAUUGAGUUUUGGGAUUGAAGCGAUUACAAUGCUAGAUGGAACCUUGCUGUUUGAAGAGAUAAUGCAAUCAAGACAGCACUUGCAUGCUCAGUAUGAUGAGUUGGUUCCUGCUUUGUGCAAUGGUUUUCCUGAUAUAUUUCCUCCAGAGAUUUACACUUGGGAGAAUUUUUUAUGGGCUUGUGAACUUUGGUAUUCCAAUAGCAUGAAGAUAAUGUAUUCGGAUGGAAAACUGAGGACAUGUUUGAUACCUCUUGCUGGCUUUCUUAAUCAUUCACUGUGCCCACAUAUUACACACUAUGGCAAAGUAGAUCCUUCAACAAAUUCAUUGAAAUUUUGUCUAUCAAGAUCAUGCCGAUCUGGAGAAGAAUGCUGCUUAAGCUAUGGGAACUUCUCCAGCUCUCAUUUUAUUACAUUUUAUGGCUUCUUACCUCAAGGAGACAACCCGUAUGAUGUCAUUCCUUUAGACAUCGAUAGUUCUGAUGUUGAUUCUAUUGAGGAUAAACCUGUGUCCAACUGGACGACUCACAUGGUGCGUGGUACCUGGCUCUCCAACAAUCACAGCAUAUUCUAUUAUGGUCUUCCCUCUCCAUUAUUGGAUCAUCUUCGGAGAUCUCGAAGUACUGUGAUGCAAACAAAGACUUUCUUGCAAGGAAACUUGGAAAAUGAGCUAGAAGUUCUUGGAGAUCUCAAAGACAUCUUUGACGACAUGAUGGACAGUAUGGGUGAAGUCGAUCUUGAUAACAGAGAAAGCUAUACCUGGGAUGAAAAAUUGGCUGUGGAUUGUAAAAAUCUACAAAGACGAAUAGCACAUUCUGUUUCAACUUCUUGCUGUACUGGGAUCAACAUGUUGAAGAAUGAACUGCACAAUUGUUUGGCUGAGGAUAUUGUAGGUUAAUCGAUCCACGCGGCAGAUUUAAUUUGGACCUUAGUUUGGAUUUUGACAUAUUGAUGGUAAAAGUCGGAAUAAUGUUUUGCCGUCAUUGCUAUAUGGUGGAGCUUAGCUGCCUCGACCAUAUGAUACAGCGAAGCUUGGAAUUUUUUCUUUAGGUUAAAAAAUAUUUGGUUCCAGAAUUUUCUUUUCCGGUAAGAAAUAGUUGCUUGCUGUA